GCUAGCUUAGAGCUUGCGAUCGUUCAUUAUAUACGUGUGGUGCUACACAAGUGAGUUUGAGUUUUUCUGGCCCGUUAGAGGCAAGCGACAAGUCACGCGUUGCUCCUCUAAAAACUCGCUAAACUUGAGUCGGACUUGCUUACCGCUGGAAAUUACUAUUUUUUCUUUUUAUUUAUCGAGGUAUUGUUUUUCGUUGUCUUGGCUAAUCUUAUCAUCUCCGAGAGUGAGAGAAAGAGAGAGAGAGAUAAAGACAAAGACAAAGACAAAGAGAUACAAAAAAUUAUAUACAGAGAGAAAAAAAGAGAGUAAGAAAGAAAAAAAGGGCACGAAGCUUUAAAGACGGGAGCACGCGUUUUCGUUUCCAGUACUGUUCCGAGGCAGAGAGAAAGCGAGCGAGCGAGCGAGUGUGUAUGUGUCUCUGGAGCGCGCGCAAGCUCGGGCUCUCUCUGCUCGCUCUCCUCGUCGUCGAGCUUGAACCAUGCGAUACCGCUACUAGUGCUGCUACCGUUGCUGAAGCUCGAUCGAUUUGUACAAUAGCAUAGAAUCUUGCUCGAGGACGACGUUUCCAGAGCAAGACAGCUGGACGAGUGUUCAGCCCGAGUGAACCUUCACGAGUAUAACAUAUGAACGAGUCCAGUCGAGUAGAGUAUCGUCGCCGUUAUCGAAAUACUAACAACAAGUGUAUAAUACAGCAAAGUGUCGUUUGCCCACUGUUGCUGCUGCCCUCUCUCCCUCUUUCAUUUCCUAGCUAAACCAUCCCGCCAAUCCCCCCCAUCAGUGCUGAAAAACCACUUCUUACCUUUCUCAUCUAUAUUAUUCGGAAUUUCUUUCUGCUUGUCUCGGUCAACGCAGCAUUGACUUUUCAUCUCUAUUUCUCUCUCUCUCUUGUUGGAACCGAGCCCCGAGCUUAGUGAAAUAUAUUUUUUGUAACGUUGAUCGUCGUUUGCCAGGCUUGUGCUUAUUACAUCUAUACGCAUUCGCUGCAGCUCUUGAUAGCUGUUGACAAAUAAAAGCGAGCGAUGCUGCUAAUAUUGCCGUCUUCCACGAACGCGAGCGCGACGACGACCACGACGACGACCACGACGAAGGCCAGAAAAGCAGAAGCAGCAGCAGUAGCAGCAGCAGAAGCAGCAACAACAACGACAAAAACAGCAACGGCAUCGACAACACCAAUAAAAGACGAACGCGAGGCAAGCGCAGUAUCCGUUAGCUGCGCUUGGACGGGCCGCCCCAAGUGGCCCUGGAUUAGUGGGCAGUCUUUGCUCUGCUGAAGAAAACUUGUGCGUCGAAGCAAUUAAACAGCUGGUGCUCCGCGCGGGCGGGGGCAGGACAAGUGGACGAGCUGGAAGAGAUCCGGAUAGGAGAUAAAAGUGCUAGCAACGACUCGCCAUUGUUGCUGCACGGCCGCGAACAAGCUGGCCAAACGGAAUCGACGACGAGGUGCAGUGGCAGAAAAGCAGCAGCAGCACACUUCAUUCGAUAGGUGCUAUUCAAGCUGAAAGCUGUCGCUCACUGGUACGACUGCUGCAAUGGUACUGCCUUUUUUUUCAAGAGGCAAGCCUGCAGCAAGACAAGUAAACAUGAGAGGAGGAAGCUGGCCCCUCAUGGUGGUAAUCGCCCUCGCUGCCUCGGGGCUUGUAAGUGGCGGAAUUCACGAGAAGAAGCUUCUGAACGAUCUACUGGACUCAUACAACGUCCUGGAACGCCCGGUCCAAAAUGAGUCCGAGCCCCUACGACUGAGCUUCGGCCUUACGCUUAUGCAAAUUAUUGAUGUUGAUGAGAAAAACCAACUGCUGAUCACAAAUCUGUGGCUCAAAUUGGAAUGGAACGACGUAAAUAUGGUAUGGGAUCCUUCAAAGUAUGGAAAUGUGCGAGACUUAAGGAUACCUCCUCAUCGAUUGUGGAAGCCUGAUGUUCUCAUGUACAAUAGUGCGGACGAAGGUUUUGAUGGUACCUAUCCAACCAACGUUGUGGUCAAAGAAAACGGUACAUGCUUAUACGUGCCUCCAGGCAUUUUCAAAAGUACCUGUAAAAUUGACAUUACUUGGUUCCCAUUUGAUGAUCAACGCUGUGAAAUGAAGUUCGGUUCUUGGACAUAUGAUGGCUUUCAGUUGGAUCUUCAACUUCAGGAUGAAUCUGGCGGUGACAUAAGCAGUUUCAUCACGAACGGCGAAUGGGACCUUUUAGGUGUUCCAGGCAAAAGAAAUGAAAUUUAUUACAAUUGUUGCCCCGAGCCGUACAUCGAUAUCACAUUUGUCGUUAUAAUAAGACGGCGUACUCUCUACUAUUUUUUCAACCUAAUCGUACCAUGCGUUUUGAUUGCUAGCAUGGCUGUGUUAGGGUUUACAUUGCCCCCUGAUUCUGGUGAAAAACUUUCUCUUGGAGUAACUAUUCUUUUGUCACUCACGGUGUUCCUUAAUAUGGUAGCAGAAACGAUGCCAGCCACUUCAGAUGCUGUACCGCUCUUAGGAACGUAUUUCAAUUGCAUCAUGUUCAUGGUGGCGAGUAGUGUAGUCAGUACAAUACUUAUAUUAAAUUAUCACCAUCGUAAUUCGGAUACGCAUGAAAUGUCAGAUUGGGUGAGAGUCGUCUUUUUAGAUUGGCUACCUUGUAUAUUACGAAUGUCGAGGCCAAUUCCAGAAGACGAUGAGUUGAUACAAAAGUCUCAAAAACCUUCUCCAGUGACAGGUCCGAGCAAGUCUUACGGUGAUUUGGAGUUGCAUCAACGUUCAAGCAAGUCUCUUCUUGCUAAUGUACUUGAUUUAGAAGAUAAUGCACUUGCGUCGCACAACAACCUGCUGAACAAUGUAUACAGCACACCGGGUCCACAUCAUCACGGACACGUACACGUGACUCCACAUCACCAUCAUCAUCCUCAUACGGCUACGACGACGCCUCAUCAUCAGCAUCAAACACCGAUGGCUCACUCAUCUUACCCACCACCUCCACCGCCACCCGUAUCGGUCGGUCAUCAGCUAGGACACACGCCACACCACCACGCUCAUCCACCGACAGACCCUAAUGGUGAGCCGUUGCUUCAAAGCGCCUGUUUUUGUGCCAGAUACGAGCUCAUACUCAUACUGAAGGAAAUAAAGAUAAUCACAAACCAAUUAAAGGACAACGAGGUGUCGACAAAAAUUGCCAAUGACUGGAAGUUUGCUGCGAUGGUGAUUGAUAGAAUGUGCCUAAUCAUUUUUACUCUCUUCACGAUAAUCGCAACCAUCACCGUCCUCUUCUCGGCGCCACACAUCAUUGUCACGUGAUUUUUGAGACUAUCACGUGAAGGGAAACAACAUUUGCAUACUCAGUGCCCUGCCACGAUAAUUUUCUGCCAAAAGUGCAGCCGUCGCAGCCACUAUUGUUACUAUUACUACUACUGUUUAACUAUAGAAAAGACAAGUCGUUUUUUGUUAUGCUUUUAUUCGAUUGCUUUGGAUUUUAUAAUAUAAAUAUAAAGAAGAGAAAAAAAUUAAAAUAAUGAUACACGUUUACUCGACCGGGUGCGAGCAACAUUUUAAAUCUAUGUUAAUAAAUAAUUAUAAUAAGUAUAGCAUUGAAAUGAAAUAAUAAAAACAU